GCGGAACUUCCGGGUUUAUGCAAGUUGUCAACAGUUUGCUAAAGAUAAAUAAACAUGUAGCAAGAUAUUGUGAGAGCAGAACGCUACCCCUCUUUUUCCUGCAGAGAGAGAGACGGGGAGGGAGAGUGAAGACCGAAAGACUGACAGAGGCCGCCGCGGAAAGCAGAAGUAGCUAGUUAGUUAACUAGCUAGGUAGCUAGCUAGAAUGUUUAGCUACUGUAGCUAGCUAGUGUUGUGAGAAGUGUCAGUCCCAGGCCAGCUAACAACGGGCUGAUGUGUGUGAUAACUCCAGCCUGCUCUCCCUCUACUGAUGCCUGUCUCUGUCUUGGCUGGGGCUCCAUGGAAGAGCUGCUAGUACAGGGCGGAACAGGAACGUGACUGCAGCCGACUCUCCUCACCCCUGCCAAGCCCUCUGCCCUGAGCCAGUGUCUGUUCGGCUGUAACUCAGAGGCUACCAUCUCUAGAUGUUCCACAGACACGGUUGGAACCCUGCAUACUGCUAGAGGUUCCAGAACCCUGCUAGAGGUUCCAGAACCCUGCAUACUGCUGCUGCUAGAGGUUCCAGAACCCUACUAGAGGUUCCAGAACCCUGCAUACUGCUGCUGCUAGAGGUUCCAGAACCCUACUAGAGGUUCCAGAACCCUGCAUACUGCUGCUGCUCGAGGUUCCAGAACCCUGCAUACUGCUGCUGCUCGAGGUUCCAGAACCCUGUUAGAGUUUCCAGAACAAGAUGAGUGGGGGUAAGAAGAGGAGUGGCUUCCAGAUUACCAGUGUGACGUCAGACUACACCGGGAGCUCUGGGGAAGCCCCACCCCCUGCCCAGGCCUCUAGCCAAUCAAAUCCCUCCCCUCAGUCCUCCAGCCAAUCCACUGCUUCCUCCCAGCUUGGCCCCUUCCACCAGCAGGGAAGCUCCUCCCAGCCGACGACUCCCCUCUCUCUGAGGAAAUACAACUCCCAAGAUGCCGCGGGGCAGGGCUCCAGGUUCCGAGUUGUCCGAUUGGGCCAGGGCCACGGAGAACCCUAUCACCGGGGGCGAUGGACCUGCACUGACUUCCUGGAACGAGAGGAAGGGUUGGGGCUUAGACGGGUGAUGGACAGCAUGAGACACGCCCACUCUCUGGAGUCGCUUGAGGGGAUUGGUCUAGAGAGGGGAGGGGCUGGAGGCGGGCUGCUGGGGCACGUGCGCGCUCUCAGGACGGGACACCUUGUGCACUCUCAGGGUACCUCCCACUUGCUGGCCCAGCCAAUAGGGUCUGAUGGGGAGGGGUUUGGAGGGCUGAAGCCCCUCCUCCUCCACAGCGGCCCAUCCUCCCCCACACACCUGGACAGACUCCACUUACGAUUGGUCGACUCCACGCCCCCACUGCCCAGCCCCCGCCCACGGAACAUCCCCCCCCCUCUACGCCUGGAUGUGGACUCUACCGGGAGGUCUCUGUUGAGAGUGUCUAAUUCCCAGCCCAGCUCCCCUGGCCCCCCCCUACAGGAUAGAGAUGGUAUGUUCCCGCCCAGUCUGACUCCCAUCCAGACUCCUUCGGCCUGGUCCAUGUUCGGCUCCGGGGGGGGCUUCCAUCUGCCGGGGGACGACAGUGGGUCUAGCAGCAGCAUGAUCGCAAUAGACAACAAGAUCGAGCAAGCCAUGGACCUUGUAAAGACCCACCUGAUGCUGGCGGUCAGAGAGGAAGUGGAGUCGCUAUGGGAACAGAUUAAAGAACUAUCAGAAAGGAACGCCCAGCUGGAGAGAGAGAACUAUAUCCUCAGGACUCUGAGAGACAGAGACUGACACACCAACAGCAUGUUAAACUCCUGUAAUGAUCUCUCUGUUGUUCAAAUCAUUAAGACCUGUAACAUGACUGAUGAUGAAGAGUGAUUCUCUCUAACUGCAGAAAACAAUAAUAAAUAACUUACUAAAGAGCU